AUGAAUUCUCCAAAACUAGAGCUUCUCAGCGAGAUUAAGAAAGCAGGAAAAGCAGUGGAUUUUAAAACGAAAAGGAUCUUCUUAGAAUAUGAUUUGCUGAGUGAAUUGGUGGAGAGAACAACUAGCUCUGCUACUAUCGAAGAACGUCAUGAAGUUCACAAAAAGUUUCUUGCACACUGUGACCAAUUGACGGCAGAGGUUCCAGCACCGGUUGUAGGUGUACCGGCAGCCCUUGAGGUGGCCUUGGCAGAUGAUGACCAAGUCUGCUAUGAGCGGUUUCAGAAGAUGAAACCACCUCAGUUUCAUGGUACUAAGAUUGAUGAUGCUCACGAGUUUUUGACCUUGAGUCGAGAGAUGUUGGUGGCGUGGAGUGAGUUUGCUAGUGCCUUCGAAGGUCGUUUCAUCCCUUGGAGUGUACAGGAGGAGAGCCGUAUGAGGUUUGAGAGUUUGGUGCAGGGUAGCAUGUCAGUCGUAGAUUACGAGGCUCGAUUUUGUCAGUUGUCGAGACAUUUCUCUACUUUGAUUUCGGGUGAGCCUGAGCGGAUUAGCAGAUUUGUCAGGGGUUUGACUCCCACUAUUCGUAGUUAUGUGUUUAGAUCAUCUCGAGAGAGUACUUCUUUCCAGACUAUAGUGAGUGCAGCCAGAGAGGCUGAGUUGCUUGAGCGGGAUGAUUUUGGUGGGCCCAAGAGGGUCCGUACAUGUGGUCAGUAUUCGGGUACCUCGUCAGGAGGUAGGGGCCCACACAGGGGAGGCAGGUCCUUCCAGCGUCAGAGGCCAGUACAUGCUUCAUUACCAGCUAUCGAGGGUAGACCAGCAACCCGAGGUCCUCCAGGCUCAGGUCGAAGUGGUUAUAGCAUUACUUCGGGUUCUUCACAGUCAGGAUCCACACCGAGGUUUUGUUAUGGUUGCGGUGAUCCAGGCAACUUGAUUCAUCAGUGUCCACAUCAGACUCAGUCUGGACCACACCGUACUGUCUCUGCGGUCCCAGAGAGAGAUUCAGCACCUCCGGCUAGAGGUCGGGGUCGGGGACAGGCAUCUGGUAGAGGCGGACGAGCUUCAGGUAGAGGUGCUAGUAGCGCCUCAGGUUCACAGAGUGGGGGCAGAGGUGCCCAGUGUUAUGCUUUUCCUGGAAGGCCCGAGGCUGAGGCUUUUGAUGCAGUUAUCACAGGUAUCGUCUCAGUUUUUCAUCGGCCUGUUUCUGUGUUAUUUGAUCCUGGUUCUACAUUCUCAUAUGUGUCUACAUAUUUUGCUUCCGUCCUUGAGUUAACUUGUGAUCGUAUGUCUGUGCCUAUUAGAGUCUCUACACCCGUAGGUGAACCAUUAGUGGUGAAUCGAGUAUAUCGAUCUUGUCUUGUUGUCUUAUCGGGGUAUGAGACUUGGGUAGAUAUGAUUCUUCUUGAUAUGUUAGACUUUGAUGUCAUAUUAGGUAUGGACUGGCUUUCCCCCUAUCAUGCACUUCUUGAUUGUUAUGCUAAGACUGUCACCUUAGCUAUUCCGGGUAUUCCUAGAGUGGAGUGGAGAGGGACUAGUGGUUCGUAUCCCAACAGGGUCAUAUCUCAUAUUCGGGCUCAGAGGAUGAUUGACCGGGGUUGUUUAUCUUAUUUGGCCUUUAUUUGGGAUGUUGGAGCUGAGUCACCGGCCAUGGAGUCUAUUCCGAUGGUUCAGGAGUUCCCUGAUGUGUUUCCAGAGGAUCUACCUGGUGUUCCUCCUGUUCGUGAUAUUGACUUCUCUAUUAACUUGGAGUCGGGCACCAAGCCCAUAUCUAUUCCACCUUAUCGUAUGGCUCCAGCUGAGUUGAAGGAGUUGAAGGAUCAGAUUCAGGACUUAUUGAGUAAAGGAUUCAUACGCCCUAGUGUGUCGCCUUGGGGUGCAUUGCUUCAGGGGGCAGCCUUGUUCUCUAAGAUCGACUUGAGAUCUGGGUAUCAUCAGUUGAGGAUUAAGCCUUCAGAUGUGGCGAAGACAGCUUUUCGCACACAAUAUGGUCAUUAUGAGUUUUUGGUGAUGUCAUUUGGGCUCACCAAUGCCCCUGCGACGUUCAUGGAGUUGAUGAAUGGAGUGUUUCGCCCAUACUUGGAUUCCUUCGUGAUUGUGUUUAUUGAUGACAUCUUGGUAUAUUCCAAGACCGCGGCGGAUCAUGUUUGUCAUUUGAGGACCAUGCUACAGAAGUUGAGAGAUGAGAAGUUAUUGACUCAGCAGACGGUUCCUUUUCAUUGGUCAUCCGAGUGUGAGGCGAGCUUCCAAAGGCUCAAAUCCCUAUUGACUUCAGUACCUGUCUUGACUUUGCCAGAGGAGGGUGUUGGAUUUACUGUUUAUUGUGACGCUUCGGGUGUUGGACUUGGAGGUGUUUUGAUGCAGAAGGGUAAGGUUGUAGCCUAUACCUCUAGACAGCUGAAGGCACACGAGAGGAAUUACCCCACUCAUGAUUUGGAGUUGGCGGCUGUGCGGGAUUUGAACUUGAGACAGCGUAGGUGGCUUGAGUUGCUCAAGGACUACGACAUGACCAUUUUGUAUCACCCCGGGAAGGCCAAUGUGGUGGCCGAUGCCUUGAGUAGGAAGACUCCUAUUAUGGGGAGUCUUGCCGCGAUCAGUGUUGAGAGGCGGCCUUUGGUUCGGGAAGUUCAGAGGUUAUUUGACAGCAUGGUGAGAUUUCGGGUUUCUGAGGAGAGUGGAGGUGUGUUUGCCUUCAUUGAGGCCUGUUCAUCUUUGAUGGAGCAGAUUAGAGAGCAUCAGUAUGAGGAUGGGAAGUUAUGUCUCAUCCGGGACAAGGUGAUGAGUAGUGAAGCCAAGAAGGCUAAGAUUGACUCCGAGGGUGUAUUGAGGAUUGAGGGCCGGAUAUGUGCGCCUAAGGUUGGUAAUUUGAUCAGAUUUAUUCUUGAGGAGGCUCAUUAUUCUAGGUAUUAUAUUCAUCCCGGAGCGGCAAAGAUGUAUCAUGAUCUUAGUCAGAACUAUUGGUGGUGCGGGAUGAUGAGGGAUAUUGCAGAGUUUGUGGCUAGGUGCUUGACAUGUCAGCAGGUCAAGUGUGAGCACCAGAAGCCUGGUGGUGUGACUCAGAGGAUGCCCAUUCCUACUUAG